AUGCCUGCGUACAGGUACUACAUCAGGUGGCCCCUCGCUGUCCUGCUGGGAGUCUGGAGCGCGUUCUUCUGGCGCGCGCCGACCAAGGACGACGUCGCCGCGCUCAUCGAGGGUACAUCUCUCAUCACACUCCUACGCCACGGGCUCCCACCCGGCACCGACGCCAGCGAGGAAGAGCAGCCUGCGACGUCGCCGAUGCGGGAGGAGCGGCGCUACUACAUCGACGUGAAGACAUGCCUGCUGGAGCACGUCACCCGGCAGCCCGGCAGCACCUACGAGGAAGGGGUCGUCUUCCCCAUCAAGUUCUGGAGCAUGAGCUACACGAAGACGCGGUCUAUCGGUCGCAGCAGCAGCAGCAGCAGCAGCAGCAGUGGCGGCGGCAGGAGCGGCAGCGACGCGGACACGAGCCACGGGAAACCGAAGUGGGAGGUUCGCUUCCAAUCGUUCAUCGUGAACGGGAAAGAGGUUACCGACCCGGCCAGCCAGAUGUCUUUCCUUCACGUGUACUUGACGUGCAGCUCCCACGCCAAGUGCCACGUCUUGGGGAACUCGCUGGUCCAGCGCAUAUAUUCCGAUGAGCUUCUCAAGGACAAGCUGAUGGAGUCCACCUGGACCACGACCUGGCUGCACUCGGCGCUCAUGGAAGGCACCCACGGCCCUCUGACGUACCCAAGGACGACCACCAACAAAUGGAUGGGCAUCGGCUGUCCUGCGAGCCACAAGUCUGUCGUGGCAGAAACGCUCAACAUGACCCCUCUGGGUGGCGCGGACCACGCCCGCACGGCGCGCUGGACUGAGCUCGAUCUCCCCCUCGCCGACUUCAUGUUGGGGGCAAGGCGUGUUUUGCUCAGGGCCAUGCAUGACAACCAGAUCCCGAUGGACCUUCUCGAAGCCCUCUUCCUAUCCGUCAUCAUGCACGCGGUCGACCACGUUCUCGCCGACAGGAUCAUGUGGGGGCUGAACUUCAAGUUGGACUUCGACUGGGAACGGCCUUCAACCCUGUAA